UUCUCAGUAAAAAAGAAGAUGUUUUUGCUUACUUAGCAAAAUAUUCUGUGCCACUGCUGCGAGCGGCAUGGCUGAUCAAAAUGACAUGUGCCUACUACGCUGCUAUUUCUGAAGCUAAAAUCAAGAAACGCCAGGCCACUGACCCAAAUAUUGAAUGGACUCAAAUUAUAACCAGAUACCUUCGAGAGCAGCUGGCAAAGGUUGCGGAGUUUUAUCAUGUGACUUCCAGUCAAGGCAACAGCUCUGUAGGGAUGCCUCAAGAGAUGGAACAAGCCCUGAAGCAGUGGGACUAUAAUGAAAAAUUGUCAUUUUAUAUGUUUCAGGAAGGAAUGCUCGAGAGGCAUGAGUAUUUGACAUGGAUACUGGAUGUUUUGGAAAAAAUCAGACCCACUGAUGAUGAUCUUCUUAAGCUGUUGUUGCCGCUAAUGUUGCAGUAUUCGGAAGAAUUUGUUCAGUCAGCUUACCUAUCCCGUCGCCUUGCUUAUUUUUGUGCCAGACGCCUAUCUUUAUUGCUAAGUGAUGGUCCUAACCUUGUAGCUGCACACUCUCCUCAUAUGAUUAUUGGACCGAGUAACCCUCCUCUGGCAGCCCCAAGUCCGACUGCCCCUGGUCCCGUGGUGAGCCCCGUACAGCUGGCUUGCUCAGAUUUCCUCUCCUGCCCUCAACACCGUCCACUGGUGUAUGGACUUAGUUGUAUGCUGCAGACUGUAACUCUUUGUUGCCCAAGUGCCUUGGUGUGGAAUUAUUCCACAAAUGAAAAUAAGAACGUUAAUCCAGGCUCACCUCUGGAUUUACUUCAAGUUGCUCCAUCUAGUUUACCUAUGCCAGGUGGAAAUUCAGCAUUUAAUCAGCAGGUUCGGGCAAAGAUUUAUGAAGUCGAACAGCAGAUAAAACAAAGAGGUCGUGCUGUGGAGGUGCGGUGGUCUUUUGACAAGUGCCAAGAAUCAACUGCAGGUAAGACAACUCAAAAAGUUUUGCACACCUUAGAAGUGUUGGAUCGGCAUUGUUUUGACAGAUCAGAUUCCAGCAAUUCAAUGGAGACACUUUAUCAUAAGAUUUUCUGGGCAAAUCAGAAUAAAGAUAACCAAGAGGUAGCCCCAAAUGACGAAGCUGUGGUAACGCUGCUUUGUGAAUGGGCUGUCAGCUGUAAAAGGUCUGGUAAGCACAGGGCCAUGGCUGUAGCCAAACUCCUGGAGAAGAGGCAAGCAGAAAUUGAAGCAGAAAGAUGUGGUGAAUCUGAAGUCCUAGACGAAAAGGAAUCUCUGUCUUCAGCCUCCUUGACAGGUUCCAGUCUUCCUGUUUUUCAGAAUGUCCUGCUAAGGUUUUUAGAUACACAAGCUCCCUCAUUAUCUGACCCAAAUAGUGACCAUGAGAAGACAGAGUUUGUGAAUUUGGUGCUGCUUUUUUCUGAAUUCACUCGCCACGAUGUUUUCUCCCAUGAUGCGUACAUGUGCACUUUAAUAUCACGUGGAGAUUUGUCAAUCACUGCAACUACUAGACCACGUUCACCUAAUGGGGAAACUGUGGAUGAACACUAUUCUAAGGAUCACGAUGUGAAACUGGAGAUUUUUUCUCCGAUGCCUGGGGAGUCUUGUGAGAAUGUGAACCCUUCUUUAGACAGAAGAAUUUCAGUUACCAGCGAGAAGUCAGUCAAGAGGGAAAGACUGAGAGAACUGAUUUUUCCAUCCAAUUAUGACCUCCUUCGCCAUUUGCAAUACGCAACACAUUUCCCUAUACCUCUGGAUGAAUCUUCAAGUCAUGAGUGUAACCAGCGAAUGAUUCUCCUUUAUGGCGUUGGUAAGGAGCGUGAUGAAGCAAGGCAUCAGCUGAAGAAGAUUACCAAAGACAUCCUCAAAAUUCUGAAUAAGAAGAGUACUACUGAAAUGGGUGUUGGGGAUGAAGGGCAAAAAGCCAGGAAGACCAAACAAGAAGCAUUUCCAACCCUAGAGACCGUGUUCACAAAACUACAGCAACUGUCCUAUUUUGAUCAACAUCAGGUGACAUCUCAGAUCUCCAGUAAUGUUCUUGAACAGAUAACUAGUUUUGCCUCAGGAACGUCAUAUCAUCUUCCCUUGGCUCACCAUAUACAGCUCAUCUUUGAUCUCAUGGAGCCAGCACUGAAUAUCAAUGGACUUAUAGACUUUGCAAUACAGUUGUUGAACGAGCUGAGCGUUGUGGAGGCAGAGCUGCUGCUGAAGUCGUCCAGCCUGGCAGGAAGCUACACAACAGGACUGUGUGUCUGCAUAGUCGCCGUUCUGCGGCGUUACCAUGCCUGCCUCAUCCUCAACUCAGAGCAAACUGCACAAGUCUUUGAAGGGUUGUGUGGGGUGGUAAAGCACGUCGUUAAUCCCUCAGAGUGUUCCUCCCCAGAAAGGUGUAUUUUAGCUUACCUCUAUGAUCUGUAUGUGUCCUGUAGUCACCUGAGAAGCAAGUUUGGAGACCUCUUCAGUAGUGCCUGUUCUAAGGUGAAGCAAACGAUAUACAGCAAUGUUCAGCCUUCAAAUUCCAAUUUACUGUGGGACCCAGAGUUCAUGCUAGAUUUUAUCGAGAAUCCUUCUGCUCACAGCAUUAACUACUCAAUGCUGGGCAAGAUCCUGAGUGAUAACGCAGCCAACCGCUACAGCUUUGUCUGCAAUGCGCUAAUGAAUGUGUGCAUGGGGCACCAAGAUGCAGGAAGGAUUAAUGACAUAGCAAACCUUUGCGCAGAGCUGACGGCAUGCUGCACGGUGCUUAGCUCAGAGUGGUUAGGGGUCGUAAAAGCUCUUUGCUGCUCUUCAAAUCAUGUCUGGGGUUUCAAUGAUCUGCUCUGCAGUGUGGAUGUGAGUGACCUGUCAUUCCACGAUUCCCUGGCCACUUUUAUUGCUAUAUUGAUAGCCCGGCAGUGCUUUUCUCUGGAAGAUGUAGUUCAGCAUGUUGCACUGCCUUCUCUUCUUGCAGCUGCCUGUGGAGAUCCGGAUGCCGAGCCCGGGGCGAGGAUGACCUGUCGGCUACUCCUGCACCUCUUCAGGACACCCCAGGUCUGCCUCUUUCCCCAGGGAACCGGGAAAUUAUUUCCUGGAAUUCGUUCUUCUUGCGAUCGUCACCUCUUGGCUGCUGCUCACAACAGUAUAGAAGUGGGAGCUGUGUUUGCAGUCUUAAAAGCAAUUUUGAUGCUUGGCGAUGCUGAAAUUGGCAGCAACAAUGUCAACUCCUUGAAGAGUGAAGACUUCCAUAUGAGAGGCUUAUUAGAUGAACUCAAUGAGGAUGAAAUCUGGGGUUCCUCUCACACUUUGAAAUCAUGCGGAAAAGCUGUUUCCAUAGAAACUGCUAGUUUAAGCGAGUAUGCUAGAUAUGUGCUAAGAACAAUUUGCCAGCAGGAGUGGGUUGGAGAACACUGUUUAAAAGAACCUGAGAGGCUGUGCACAGACAAAGAUCUUAUUUUGGAUCCCGUUCUUUCAAACAAGCAAGCACAGAAACUCCUUCAACUUAUCUGUUAUCCUCAUGGUAUUAGAGAAUGCACUGAGGGUGACAACCCUCAGAGGCAGCACAUCAAACGCAUACUUCAGAACUUAGAUCAGUGGACUCUCCGGCAGUCUUGGUUGGAGCUGCAACUAAUGAUCAAACAGUGCACGAAGGAGCCUGGUUCUGGGUCUGUGGCUGAAAUGAACAGCUUGUUGGAUAAUAUUGCAAAGGCGACAAUAGAGGUGUUUCAGCAAUCCGCUGAUCUAAACAAUAACUCUUCUAACUCUGGUAUAGGCCUCUUCAAUCCAAACUCUGUUGGAAAUGCUGACACAAGUAAUACAAGACAGAAUGGUAAAAAGACAUUCCUAAGUUCCUCUGAGCGGCGAGGAGUGUGGCUGGUGGCUCCCUUGAUUGCAAAACUGCCUACCUCAGUUCAAGGUAGGGUCUUGAAAGCUGCGGGAGAGGAGCUGGAGAAAGGUCAGCAUUUGGGGUCAUCUUCUAAGAAGGAAAGAGAUAGACAGAAACAAAAAAGCAUGUCUCUUUUGAGUCAGCAACCUUUCCUUUCAUUGGUACUUACUUGCCUUAAGGGACAGGAUGAGCAACGGGAAGGGCUUCUAACAUCACUGCAGAAUCAAGUUAAUCAGAUCCUUAGUAACUGGAGGGAAGAACGGUACCAGGAUGAUGUUAAAGCUAGGCAAAUGAUGCAUGAAGCCCUACAACUUCGUCUUAACUUGGUAGGUGGCAUGUUUGAUACUGUGCAGAGGAGUACCCAGUGGACCACAGACUGGGCACUUCUGCUCCUCCAGAUAAUCACUUCAGGAACUGUUGAUAUGCAGACCAACAACGAAUUGUUCACGACCGUGCUCGAUAUGCUGGGUGUCCUCAUCAAUGGGACGCUUGCCUCAGACUUGUCAAACGCUUCCCAAGGAGGGCCUGAGGAAAACAAGAGGGCUUACAUGAAUUUAGUGAAAAAAUUAAAAAAAGAGCUGGGAGACAAGCGGUCAGAAAGCAUUGACAAGGUUCGCCAGCUACUCCCUUUGCCAAAGCAGACAUGUGAUAUUAUUACGUGUGAGCCAAUGGGAUCCUUGAUCGACACCAAGGGGAACAAAAUUGCAGGAUUUGACUCCAUUGAUAAGAAACAGGGUCUUCAGGUUUCAACAAAACAAAAGGUGUCCCCUUGGGAUUUAUUUGAAGGUCACAAAAAUCCUGCUCCUCUCUCCUGGGCGUGGUUUGGUACAGUUCGUGUCGAUAGGAAAGUGAUAAAGUAUGAGGAGCAGCAGCAUCUCCUCCUGUACCACACGCACACCAAACCCAAGCCACGGAGUUACUACCUCGAGCCCUUGCCCCUUCCUCCAGAGGAGGAGGAGGAAGAGCCCACCACACCUGUCUCUCAGGAACCAGAAAGAAAGUCAGGAGAGCUCUCAGAUCAGGGAAAACUUGCCACGGAUGACGAGAAGAAGACAAAGGGCAGGAAGCGAAAGUCAAAGUCAAGCUCAAGGGCUGAUGAAUAUCCACAGAACAACUUAUAUAGAGUGCCUCCCACUUAUUCACCAAUUUCCUCUCAAAUGAUGCAUCAUCCUCAGUCUGCCUUGUGGGGUUACAACAUCAUGGGACAGCCGCAGCAGCCUGGCUUCUUCGUGCAGAACCAGCCCCUCCCACCAGGUGGUUCCAGGCUGGAUCCGACAGGCUCCUUUGUUCCAACUAAUACGAAGCAAGCCCUGUCGAACAUGCUGCAGCGGCGCUCUGGCACCAUGAUGCAGCCCCCCUCUAUCCAUGCAAUCACACCUCAGCAGCAGUUGCUCCAGAUGAAACUCCUGCAGCAAGAGCAGCAGCAGCAGCGACUCCUCAGGCAGCAAGCACAGUCACGGUCUCUCCAACAGGGUCAGCCAAUGGACCAAGCUGCUAUUUUCACUCCACAAGUUCGACCCCCGUCUCAGCUUCCACAGUACCCAGGGUUGCAGCAAGCACAGAGCAUGCCUCACGGAUACACGAUGUACAGCACUCAGAUGCCUCUGCAGCAGCAGCAGCCUGGUGGUGUAGUGCUUUCCCCCAGCUACAACCCCCGAGCAUACACGGCAGCUCAUUCCAGCCCCACGCUGAUGGAGAGGCUGCGGCAGAUGCAACAGCAGCCCAGCGGAUAUAUUCAACAGCAGGCCGCUGCGUACAUCCAGCCUUUGACAGGCACUCAGCGAUUGAGCCAUCAGCCUUUGCAGCCAAAUUCACUGGUUGGAGGGGGACUGGACAGUGCAUCGACCGCAGGUCCUCAUCCGACCCUGAACUCAGUACAGCUGCCUCCAGAGCCAAUGAGACAGAGACAGCAGCAGAUGCGACAGCAGAGACUCUUCCAGUUGCAGCAGCAGCAGCAGGGGCAGCAGCAGGCGCUUGGUCUCCAGCCCGUGCAACCGCAGCAGCCUUUGCAGUUCCCAAGGCAAGGCUUACAACAGACACAGCAGCAACAACAGACAGCGGCGCUGGUCAGGCAGCUCCAGAAGCAGCUCUCUAGUAACCAACCACAACAAGGAGUGAACCAGUACGGGCAUCCUUCACACUUCUAAAUCAGAGAUGGAAGGGAGACGUCAUGUUACGUUUG